UUUCAGAGCUUGUAUUCCUACAUUCAUCCUAGAAUCGCGACAUUUGGAUAUGCCUCCUCGAGAUGGGUCCCCCUUUGACUUUGAUCCCUUCAUCUCUGCUCUGGUCCUCGGCAAACCUUGGUCACGCUUGUCCACGCGCUCUUACCGGCUGACCUGUUCUCAUCAUCAUGCUAAUGCUCAACCACUUAGCCCCCAUCUUAGCCCUCGCCAACUGCACUCUUUCUGGUCUUUCGCACUUCCUCACCGGGCCCGUAAUGUUUGGUUUCGCGGCUUACACAACAAACUAUCGUGCCGAGCUCUUUUGCACCACAUUAUGCCCUUCACUGUUUCUUCACCUCUCUGCAAUAUCUGCCAGAUGUCAAUCGAGACGCAAGAGCAUUUUCUUCUUUCUUGUCCUUUGAAAUCUGCGGUGUGGUUAGGCAUUUGGUUAGAAUUUUUCGGCACCGUCCCACCACCUUCUGCACUUUCCUCGGCAUUCACAUCCUUUCUCUUCCCUCCCACGCUGAACCCCAGUAUUCCAGCCGCCUCGGUUUUCGGACUGACCAUCCUUGCUAUCUGGGACCACCAUUGGGCACUCCACUUUAACUCUGCUCCCUUUUUACCUUCCUUGGUUCUUGCCACUGCUAGGAAAUCAAUCUCCCGCAUCUGCUCAGAGCUCGAGCUUGACUCCGCUGACUCUUCCCUCGCAUAACACCACAUUAACAUUU